GGAAAGUUCCAACCUGCCCAGAAAACAGCUGCACAGGGAGCGAGGCCACAGGCGCUCCCUGCAGAGGUGCAGAGGCCAGUGGUCGAGUGCAUCCAGUCCAGUCUCACAGCUCCUCCUGGGGUAGCGACUAGGCCUUUGGGACUCCAAAGCCCUAUAGACUAAUGGCUGCUGGAACAUCCACCUUGCUUAGCCUGUCAGGCCCUGCUGAUCACACGGCUGAGGGCAAAGGGGCUUCUUUGAGUGCUUCAGUUGAGAAAAGAUGGAGACUCACAGAACCCAAGCAGAUCCAGUCGGGGCUGCUCAAGAAAAUAGUUCUCCUGGACUCUGGAGCUGCUACAGGUAAGGAUGGCCAAGACGUGGUCUCUUCUGAGCCAAGCCUGUCAACAGCACCGAACGAGCCUCGAGUGGAUGGGCCUCUGGUCUGCAAGGCAUGCUCAGAGCAGAGACAGGGUGCCUUCAUGGAGCUGUCAUAUCUCCGGAAGAAGCCAGGGGACAGUCAAGCCCAGAAGAGGAAGCCAGAGGACCCAGAAGGCUGCCUUGGCACUGAGCAGCUGCCCUCAGAUCACCCCAGAGCCUCAGUGGAUGACCCAAUGUACUCAGGCUGGCCAGGAGCGGCCCGGAGGGAGCAGAGGAGUGCUUUUAGCAAGCCAGCCAAGCGCCCAGCAGAGAAACCUAGACGCUCCCCCAUGCUUCCGGACCGUGGAAACGUAGAGGGCCCGUGGGAGCUCUCAGGACUCAUCACCACUAUGGACAUCCCAGGGUGGACUCAGCUGUCAACGUUCAAGCUCAUGGGUGAUUUCUGGAGAUUGCACACAUUGUCGCAGAACAUUCUGCUCUGUAAUGCUUUCCAGGGGGCUCCCACACCCUGGCUGGAUCACACCCAGGUGCAAGGGCACACGUCCUCCACACGCUCUGCCACGGCCUCUCGGGCUCUCUUGCCUCCCACCCUCUCCUCCCCAGGCCUGUCCACUCAGAACUGGUGUGCUAAGUGCAACCUUGCCUUCCGUCUCACGGCUGACCUGGUCUUCCAUAUGCGUUCCCAUCACAAAAGGGAGCACGUGGGUCCCGACCCACAUUCUAAGAAACGGAGAGAGGAAGUUCUCACUUGUCCCAUUUGUCACGAGUACUUCCGGGAGCGCCACCACCUUUCCAGGCAUAUGACGUCACACAGUUAGCAGGUGGCUAAGGAGAAACCCAAUGGCCAUAGUAUCCAGAGCUCAGUGUUCAGGCACAGGUGACCCCUGGCCUGUAUUGAGAAGGUUGUCACAGGUGUCUUCAAGGUUAUUCCCUCUGCUUCUCAGAGAUGAACAGCUCAGUUAUAAUUUGUCAGAUGUCCCAGUCCUUGUGAUGUGUUUUCCUGGAAAGUCAUUCAUUAAAAUGGCAAGCUUCGCUCAUGGAAUAAGGGGACCCAUGACCCAGGGAACAGGGCUGCUGCUGGCUUUGUUCCUAGUUCUCUGCAUGGAAGCAAGUGAUCACAACACCCUUGGCUUUGCUGGCAAGCAAGCCUGCAUUCAAUCUGGGCUCUUUCGCCUAGGAGCCAUGACCUUGGACAUGUUCCUAUAACUUGCCGUCCCUCAGUUUUCUCGUUUUUAAAUUGUGUGUUAAUGGAACGUCAUCAGUCUUGAGGAAAGUGAGUGGUAAGUGGCCAGCUCAUUUCCUGGUAGCCUUUGAAGUUCAUAGUCACUGCUUGAGUUAGUCAGAUACCUUAUCUGUGGAAUAUCAGGGGCAAACAAGUAUUGUGUUUCUCUGUCACGAGUGUGCACCAUGGCUAAACAUAAGCUUGACUUGGUAGAUAUGGCUCAGGCUGCAUCCAAGUCUAUGACCUUUUCCUGCUGGGUCAGUAUGCUGGAGACAGACAAGCUGAGAGUACAAGAUGGCAGCCAAAAUGCCCAGCUAGAUUCCCAGUCUCUGCCUGCAUCAUAAGCCUAACCUCCUCCGGGCCACUGUAAAUCCAGGUCUCAAGUGGCUACGUGGGAAAGUGGCCUGAAACCACAUCAAGGGUGUGGGGGCUGGCAAUUCAACCAUCCUAUUCUCUGGGUCUUUGCACUGAAUCGUGAGGAGAGGAAAACAGAAAUACAUCACUUGUUCUGCAUGACUUCCAGGUGCCAGCCUUCCUUGUGACCCUGAGUUUGGCAGGAAAGGCCAACUGAAGGGCACUCAGAAUGAGGGCCCCAGGAGGCCCUUUGCCUCUGGUCAUACUGCCCUCACAACACUGUAGGACAUAGACAGCGAGUUCUCAUCCUACUGCAGAAGAGUUUACACUUGGAAAGGUUGAUGACUUCCCAAGGCCACUACUCUGGAGUACUUUGGAAGAACAAAAUCCUGUGACCCCCAGAUCUGAUCGAAUGUCUCUUCCAGUCUGCUGCAUAUCUGCUUAGCUAGCAUGGCCAUGGAGCAUACUGUGUGACUCAAGAUUGGAAACUUAGAGGCUGGCCUAGUCUUCUCAUGUCCAAUUUCAACUUAACCUUGUCACUUGUGCACAGAUACACACACACACACACACACACACACAUGCACACACACAUACAUGCAUAUAUACAGAGACAAAGAUACAUGCACCCACAGAGACACAGACAC